GGAAAGCGAGAGAAGAAGAAAAAGAAAACAUCAGAUUAGAUAAAAAUAUAAAACAAUCUCUGUUGGCGCUUUCUUCUCAUCAACAUGACUGACACGCCCCUGGCAUCUUUGUCUUUGACGCAUGUCCAUUAUAAUCCGAACGACCCGCUCUCAUUUUUGUCGGCCUGGCUUGCCCUAGUCCCCCAGGCAUUAUGCGUGACCUAUGUCACUCUUGUUUGGGCGACAAGAGAGGUGGAGGUGCUAUUGAUGUUCGCAGGCCAGAUGGGUUGUGAAGCAUUGAACUUUGUGUUAAAGCGAAUCAUUCAAGAGGAAAGGCCGAAACAAAUGCUUGGUAAAGGAUACGGCAUGCCAUCAUCCCAUGCACAAUUUGUCGCCUACUUCGCCGUUUAUCUGGGGCUGUUCCUUAUCUUUCGACAUAAUCCCACGCACGCCGAGUCAUCAUUCCACAUUCUCAUACGGAUAGUACUUGCCAUGGGCUUGAGCGUUGGCGCCAGUGCCGUGGCUAUCAGUCGUAUAUAUCUGAACUACCAUACACCCAAACAGGUUUUGGCAGGCUGUGGUGCUGGUAUUGGGUGUGCCGUUGCUUGGUUCCUUAUCACGGCAUUCCUCCGGACACAUGGCUGGAUUGACUGGCUACUCGAUUUGACCAUAUCGAUGCAGUUGAGACUACGGGAUCUGGUGGUAAGUGAAGAUCUAGCCGAGGCCGGAUGGCAAAAAUGGGAAGCAAAGCGGAAGUUGAAGCGUCGUGGACAUAUUAGUAGUGAUCACCGGUCUCCGAAAACAGACUGAACCGUAUAAGUACUUGAGCCACGUAUACUUCGUUCAUUAGAUUUUGAAACAGGGAUUACAACGUGUUGAUCGCAAUGCCCUUGGAUCUAAUUAGCAUUCUCGCU